AAUCUUUUUGGGAAUUAUUUGAAGAACUUCCUAGGAAAUAAGGAGAUGAACAUACUGAUGGUUGGCCUUGAAUCAGCAGGGAAAACAACAAUCCUCGACAAGCUCAAACUCGGGAAAAUUGUCACUUCAACGCCGGCCAGUGGCUUUAAUGUGGAGACAGUGGAGGAUGAGAACAUCAGUUUCACUGCGUGGGAUGUGGGUGGCCAGGAUAGCAAGCGUCCCUACUGGAGACAGCUCUUUUCCAACAAACAGAGUAUAAUCUUUGUGGUGGAUAGCAAUGACAGAGAGCUUGUCAAUGAAGCGCAACAGGAGCUUAACAGACUGCUGAAUGAGGAUGAGCUGAAAGAUGCUGUGCUCCUUGUGUUAGCCAAUAAACAGGACAUGCCGAAUGCCAUGCGUGGCCCCGAGGUCACAGAGAUGUUGGCUUUACACAAUGUGCGCCACUGUAUCUGGCACAUCCAACCCACCUGUGCUCUGAGUGGCGACGGCCUCUACGAGGGCCUUGAAUGGCUGGCUAAUAAAGUCAAGAACAAGUAG